AUUUGGUAACCAUAACCCGAAUAAUUUUUGCGAGUUGAAUUGGGUACGAAGCCGAAAGCUGUAGUAAUCCGUCAACUGUAGCGGGUUUUGUAUAGCGCCUGGUCCGGUUCUGACUUCCCCGAGUAUAGUGGAGAGAGCAGAGAGCACAACAAAGAUUGUAGAUGUGCGUACCGGAAGAAUUCCAGCAAACAUCGUCCAAUUCUUGUAUGUAGAGUGCAAUGCACGUGCGGUUGCGAUCACCGCCACAGCAAAUACCCCCCGCCCCUCUCGGGCUUCGCCCCUCGCCCCCCUGUCGCGGACGCGCUCCGGCACGUCGCCUAUUUUGACGGGAAGGUCGAUCACGUGACGCCGCGAGUGUCUGCGGCGGGGCUCGGGGGGGUCCGGCUAGACUUUCCACCACAGAGUUGCUGUUCGUCUGCGCCAUGGCCGGAGCGGCUGCAAGCCUCCUCGUUGACGACGGCGGUGUCCAGCUUCCCCAAGUGCAGGUGUUGGGCCCAAAGGGCCACUAGUGGCAGCAAAUUCAGCGGAAAUCGCUGUGUUCGUGGAAAGCAUCGCGGUGGGUGUGCGCAUGUGCGGUGGCAACAGUCUGCAAACCAGGCGAGACGACUAUUGCGACUAGCAGACCAGACAUCAGUUUAGGUGAACGUCUGCGGCGGGCGGUUGUGGUUACGUAAGUCGAUGACAUUCGGAUGACGUGCGGUGGCGGCAGUGUACCACCAGUGCCAUGGAAGUGACGCCGCAUUUGAAGAACGUGCUGAAGAACUACCAGCACAGCGCCACCAAGAGUCUGCAAGGGCCGGGGCUGGCGCUCAAGGGCGAGGAGGAGAUCAAGGAGGAGGAGUUCGUGCCGGUGGCGUUGCCCGUGCAGCAGCUGCCGAUACUCACCACCCCGGAUACGUCGUGCAGUGAGCGCACGGAGACGGUGCUCGAAGGAGAGACGAUUUCGUGCUUUGUGGUGGGCGGCGAGAAGCGACUCUGUCUGCCCCAGGUGCUCAACUCUGUGCUGCGCGACUUUUCCUUACCCCAAAUCAACCACGAAUGCGACCAGCUGCAAAUCUACUGUUCCCGGUGCACCCCCGAGCAACUCACCGUUUUGAAAAACGGCGGUAUUUUACCAAGUGCCGCCGCCAGCUCAGGUCUCAUCACCAAGACGGACGCGGAGAGAUUAUGCAGCGCCCUUCUGCAUGGCCAUCACGAGGUGACGCAGAUCAGGCCACGGAAGGGCUUAGUGUCGUUCGCGGUCUACCACAAGUGCUUCGGCAAAUGCACCGGCUCGUGUUUUCCCGAGUUGUACACAGGAAAGAAUGCCAAGUGUAUUGAGUGUGCGGAAUGCAGGGGCGGUUUCUCCCCACAACAGUUUGUCUGUCAUGUGCAUAAACAUUUCUCGGAGAAUCGGACAGUGCAUUGGGGGUUUGAUUCGGCUAAUUGGCGGGUGUAUUUAAGAGUGGCUAAGGAUCAGCCGGAUCAGGAGCAGUGUGUUAAGUAUCUGGACGAGAUGAAGGAGCAGUUUGAUGGGAAGAUGGCCUUUCCGAAUGUUUAUGCGGGGAUUAAACGGAAACAGGUUCUCGCUUCGGACAUAAUAAAAGAACACGAACUGCCCCUCAAGAAGCAAAAACUUCUCGGCGAGUAUUUGAGUCCUUUGCAAUCGUACAGUUUGUACGCGUCUCUGGACGCAAUGUAUUUGAAUCAAUGCAUCCAGGAAUUCCAAGCUGCCAAUCGUCACUUGUCGGCCUUCAAACCGGUCAAUCAUCACAAAGAACCCAAAGUCUACAGCCAUCUAAUGCAAAUGAAUCGCUACAACAGCGACACUCCCGUGUUACAAAACCCCGAACGAGUUGUCCUCAUGUCGGAAUCAGAGCGAUUUGAACGCACUUUCCAGCCAAAUGUUGCCCUUGCGCCCACAAUACCCAAGAAACACCGCUAUGGCAAGGGCUUUAUCAAGGAGGAGUUCGAAGUGAAGAAGGAGGAAGUAACGAAUAACAACAACAGUACGGAGGUCAUAGUGAAGCAGGAGGUGGUCGAAGAGAAAAUUCCCGAAGUGGCGAAGGUUGUGUCAGUGGUUCAAACAACGGGGACUUUACCGAGAUAUAACUCAGAAAUCGAAUUGUCCACCGAUACUGAAGAUAGUGCGUCCGAAACGUCGGAAAAGUCGACCGAUUUGAGCAAAAUCGAAGAGUUGUUGAAAGGUUGCACAGCGCGGGAUCGCGUCUUGGAGGUGUUUAAGGGACUUUUGAAGGAGAACGAACGGUGGAUGAAGGAAUGUCGCACGAAAGACGAGAGGAUCAAGGAGUUGGAGGAGAAGGUGGAGGAGUUGGAACAUCGGCCGGUUGAAGAGACUAAAGUGAUAUGCAAUGGGGGGGAAGUUAGAGACCAUGAUGAUAAUAACAGUUCUUCCAUAAUCAAAACGAACGAUUGUGAAAUUGAGGGACAAAAAACGAGUGUUAUUGCGAGUCUGGAAAGUGCCGUCGCGGAACCGAAAGCAAUAAUAAACACUGCUCCAGAAUGAUCUGUAAUUGUGUUGUGCCGGCGUUGAACGGCACUUUUUUCGUUAUUGUGUCUUAUUUAGUUGGUAAUCGAAGCAAUGCGGAAGAAUAGGAGAGCGCCGAAAACUCCAAGAGUUUUGCGUUCGCCGCAAAUUCCGAUUUGUACAUAGUCGUACUCUAGACCAGUCAAAACGAAAAUUUGACUUUAAAGCGAACUAAUUUUAGGAAAAGUUAAAAAAAAUUAAAACGAACUGCUAGUUGUGAAACUACAUUUUUGAUUGGUUGUCUUUAACCAAGCAAGUAAAACAGACUUUUUUCUUUUUGGUUUCACAAAGACUUCGUUUCUAUUUUUAAUUUUUAAUUAUUUAUUGAAAAGUUUUUAUUUAACUUGCGAGUCAAAUUUGAGAGGGUUCCAGUUAUCCAUACGAGCCGAAAUUUUCAAUGCACACGUUGGUUUAGGCUAAAAUUUUCUUUUCUUAUAGAGAAAAUAUUUUUUACUUUUUAGUACAUUUAUUUAAAGUCGACUAUGGAAUUCAAAUUCAAUGUGCCGCUUCGUUGAAAUAACUAUUGUUGUAGUUUCUGAAUACUGUCAUCUUUGUCAAAUCUUUGAAUUAGGUUUUUCCUCAUUUUGUUGCAUUUUUCUGCAAAUUUAUUUCAAUUGAAAGGUUUGUCUUGAUUUGUGUUUUAUAUUUCCGUGAUUUUUGUUGCUCGUUUUUAGAUUCGAAGCCUUUUUGCAAUAUUUUGACGGAUGUUACUUUGACAGUAUUCACACUUUAAAUUAAGCGGCACAUUACGUUCAAAUAGGUGACUUGAGCAACCAUUUUUGAACCCAUUGUAUUUGCCGAAGCUUGUUUAUUUGCUGCUUCAUAUUGCCAAAAUUAAUUAAAAUUAAGAGGAACAAAUCCAUCUGGUGUGAAGGUUUCAUGUGAAGUGUUUCAACUUCUGCAGACAAAAUAAUACGUAAUCUGGCAGCUUAUGCUUAGAAUUUCUACACCUCCUUUAAUUAUGUAUAGUUCAGAAUGUAUAAGUUGUAUUUCAGAAAAGAUAAAUUGUACCUAUUUUCAAAUGACUCUUUUUGAAAUGCAGUAUAAUAAGUGGAAAAGUUAAGCAUUGAAGAGUCAAGAACCAGGAUGUAAAAACGCGAUAAAUUCUUUUUUCGCACUGUUUUUCACUUACUUGAACAAUUUUAAUUUUGUGGCAAAAAUUUAACUGAAUUAAAAUUUUGUUUGAAAUUAAAUAGUAAACUAAUUUUAAGAUACCAAAAAGUCGCAAAAAAAACCUGAAAAACCAAAUACAAGUAAAUUGCUAUAAAUAAAAAAAUGUUUAUAUUAAAAUAGUAUAAAACACUUCAAAUGCAGCAGAAAUGAGUGAAAGAUCCUGUCACAUUGAAAAACCAUUUAAAAGUUAAACACUUUGAAAUUUUAAAUCCAAAGUCAAACAUUGCAAUUAGAAAACUAAUUUUAAGUAAAUUGAUUUGUGAAAAACGAAAGAAACACAGAAAUAAACGACUUUAAUAAAAUCUCAAAUUAAAUUAAAUUGAGGUAGACACUAUAGAGGUUGACAUCUGUUUUGUAUUUAGAUAAAAUUCUGGUUCAGCUUCAUUUUCUUAUAUAAAAAAUCAAAAACACAUCAAAUGCAAUAGGAUGAACUCAAUUAAGUACAGAUCCUCCUGUCAGGUCAGAUCAGGUCACAUAAAAAAGAUUAUCAGUAGUGAAAGACAAGAUAUUUAUCUUUGAAAUGAAAGACUGCAAUGUCAAAAUUUGUAUUUUUUUCGAGUUGAAGUAACUGUUCGUAGCUGCGCCUGAAAAUUGUGUUAAAUUAACUCGCAAGCGAACUUUAAGUUUUAACCAAAAAAUUGUGCAAACUAUACAGCGUGCUCAAAAACUGACGCACCAACUCAAUGGUGUGUGGUAGAGAAGUGGUUACAUAUAAAGGUAAAAAUAGUAAAAAAAUUCUUUGUAUUAAAGUUAUUGAUAAAUAACGGAUUUUAGAUAAUUGAUAUGUGGCAACGUUGUCUAACAGUCAUAAUCGCAAUAGAAUUUGAUCAACAAUAAAAAUAAAUUAUUUUUGAAACGGUUUCCUAGGAAAUAGUUGCCAGUGUUGGCACAUCAACACAUUGUGAUUUUUUGAUGAAUUUUAAUUUUUUAAAUUAAAGAAACUGCUAAAGUCUGAUAGAAAAUUUUAAAAUAAUUAUUCAUCGUUUUGUUAGGGAACGAUUACCUAGUGUGAAGCAUAAAAACAUUAAAAAAUAAUGAAUACUAAAAAAGUUAACACAAUAAGUUUGUAUCUUCAGAUUUUUUAAAAUAUGACUUUAGGAAUUUUUUCAACAUUUUUCCCGUAAUCUGCACUUGCUUCUCAAUAACGUACCACUGAGUUGGUGCGCCAGUUUUUGAGCACCCUGUAUAAAUUCAAAUAAAUUGCCAAGAUGUGUCAAUAAACUACCUUAAUAAAAACUUACAUUAUAUUAAAAUGGCCAGAUUACAAAAAUCUAUCGUUUUAUAGGCAUUUGAUACUAUUUUUAUAAAUAUCAAAAGAAUUUUGGGAGAAAUAAAAAGUGCGAACAUUUAUCUAAAAAAUCUAGGAAUUAGCAAACAUUUGAUAGUGUAGUCGAAAAGUACAAAAAAAAAGUAUAUAAAAUUUGGUGUGUUGAAGAUUAAAAUUUGUUGAUGUGUACAAAACAUAUUUUUCUGCGAGAAAUGGAACAGAUUUUAAAAAUUUCCCAAUUUCUCGAGAAUUAUUAUUUUAUUAGAUACUAGAUUUAAAUUUGUGCAAGUAUGGAUUUUCUGGAACUUUGGCCAUUUGUUUUAUCUUCUUUCUGAGUGCUACUUAGAUUUAUCAGAAAAUCUGAAUCUAAAAAUCUGUCUACAUUUUUUCAAUUUCACUCAAUUGAUAGAAUGUAAUCAAAGGAAUUCAAAUUUGGCGCCAGUUUUAAUGCAGUUAUAUAUACAAUAUACAAUUCAGUAUUACCAACUUGUUCUUGAUUACCCGGUGUAUAUCGUGAAAUACUUAUCACUAAUUUAACGGAAAAAAAUAACAAUUUCAAAAAUAUUUGAAGUUGAAUUUCAUCUGGACGAAUAGAAAAAUGUUUAGUUUUAAUCGAAUAUUCUACAAUUUAUUGUAUGUAAAGGGCAAAUAAUUGUAUAAUUUCAAAUGUUUGAUUUUUUUGAACUUGAUUUUUCUUCGAGUUGGUUCGUUUUGAAAUUCUCAAAUGACUGGUCUAUACCGUUAGUCAUAGGUUUCCUGUAAUGAGACGCACUAGAGAUUUUACUUUUUAAUUUGCUUUGUAAAAAAUGCGUGUAAAAUUUGUAUGUUUCCAAAAACAAACGAGGAUGAUAGUUGUUUGUUUUUUUUUCUUUUAAUCUCUCAAAAUUGUUCUUGUUAUGCUUGUUUUUAAUUUAUAUUGUGAACCUGUUACAGAGAUAAUAUUUUUUAUCAAUUACGAAGAAAAGUACAAACUAGAAUGGUGCUUUGGAAGCAUCUGUUAUUCUAAUCUUAAAAGAUAUAGUUUUAAAAAAAGUGUGAAUGUGAGGGUUGUGAGAGGUGGUCGGAUUGCACGUCCGGUCUCGACCAAAUUUUUCCGAUUUGUCUCAGGAAUUUUCGCAAUCAAAUUUUGUAGAUAUUUUAAAAUGCGCGGGACGCAUAUCAAAAAUGUAUUGAGCGGAGGUGCAAUUUCGGCAACGUUUCGCCCUUGUUGAUUGUGCAUAAAUGCCAUACAAUAAAGUUUUAUCUGUACAAUAUAUUUAAAUUAUUUUAUUUCUAAGUUUGUUCUUAAACUUUGCAUGAACUUUUUUGUUAAAUUUAAUAAUUUUAUAAUUAUAGAUAUUUUUUAUAUUUUCUUUUGUUGAAAACAAUAUGUGAUACAUUUUAUUGAAUUUUUAUGACGUUUUGCAGUAUUCGGAAGAUUUUAAACACCACACGUUUUGGCAGCUUUGGCAAGUUGUUAAAGUCUUCUCUUUAUGAAACGAAACAAUCGUACUCCAAAUUGUUCCUAAAAAUUUAUCAAAACAAUUUAAAAGCGCAACUACUGCCGAAAUUUCAAUUUUUAGCAAUAUUGUGUUCGUUUGGAAGUUUCCUGGAGAAUUUACGAAAAUUGUUGAAUUUGUUAUUAUAUAUUUUGUGAUCUCAAAAUAUGUAAGGAUGCAGUUGAGUUAAUAUUAAUAAGAUUGAUAAGCUUGUGUGUUAAAUAGGUAUAUUAUCGAUCAACACAGAUUAUUUCAUAAAUAUAUAUCUAUAUUUCUGAAUUUAUGUGUCAAACAACAAUAAAUGCAUUAAUUUAUAAACAA